ACCAGGCGCCCUGGAGGAUGGUGGUGCCCGGGAAUGCCCCCCUGAUCCAGCAGGACCCUGCUCUGGAGCCAGCCCUGGGCAGAGACGCCCCGGAGCACUCGGCCAUGGGCCCGGGCACGGAGCCCCCCGAGGACGUGGGCCCGGAGGUGCGGAAGCUGCGGGAGCUGGUCCGGAGGCUGGAGCUGGACAAUCAGCACGCCAGGAGCAGGAGCAGCAGGACCCUGCUGGGGACAAACGUGCCAGGGGACAUCCGUGCUGGGGUGGGUAACCACGAGCCCGGCCUCAACGGGAUGGAGAUCAACAACAGCAUCAACGCCAUCACCGAGCAGCAGGAAUUGCAGCUGAUGGCGGAUCUGCACAGCCAGCUGAGCAAGAUGAGGCAGGAGGAAGGAGAGAACAACUUCAAAAGAGCCCUGGAUGCCCCAAUGCAAUACAGCUGCAACAGUGCCCCCGAGGAGGUGUCUCCCAAUGGGGAGCAGAGCCACAGCAAUGGCCAGUGUCCCUCACCUCUGGAUACAAGUGACAGCUCUGAGCUCCUGGGCAGCCUGCUCAUGGCAGGGAUCCACGCCCCGGCUGCAAUCCAUGAACAGAAUCUUGGUGAAAAGGGUGCAGAUCUAGAGGGGCUUCCCAGUCACGCGGAUCUGGAUGAAGUCAAAGUGUUAGAACUGGAAAACUGCCCUGAAGAGGAGGAUUGCUGGCUCUAUGUGUCUCCGAGGAAAUCCAUGGAUGAGAAAACAGCCUCUCCUCUGAAGUGGUGCCGGCAGGUGCUGGAUAACCCCAGCCCCGAGAUUGAGGCUGCCUGCAGAACCCUCAUCAACAGGCUGGACCAAGCCAGUAGAUGGAAAAACCUGUAUUGCAGCCCCCUGGCAUCUCCCAGCGCACAUAACCUGAAUUCCGAGGCAGGCUCCUGUAGCAAUGCACUAAACUCUCCUGGGCACCUCAAAUCGACUAACAAAGCACUACUAACCUGUGGCAGCUCAGGGUACCUGAGCAUGCACUCGGCCCUGAGCUCCCAGUCCUCGGUGGACAGCGAGCUGAGCACCUCGGAUGACUCCAUCUCCAUGGGCUACAAACUGCAGGACCUCACUGAUGUCCAGGUCAUGGCACGGCUGCAGGAAGAAAGCCUGCGGCAGGACUGCGCCUCCAGCUCCGCCUCCGUGUCCCGCCGCAGCUCCAGCGCCUCCCUGCACUCGCUGCGCCGCGGCACCUACAGCGACCAGGAAUUCGACACCUACAGCCUGGAGGACGAGGACGACUGCGACUGCUCGCUGUCCUUGCGCAGCGCCCACCGCUACUCGCCGUCCCCGCUGAGCUCCCCGCGCUGCCAGUCGCCCUCGUCGGGCGCGGAGCUGGGCAGGGCCGCGGCGUCGCGGCUGCGCGCCCCGCGCAGGGCGGUGCAGAGCCCCAUGCAGGAGCGCCUCAAGUACGCCAACAGCGAAGAGGAGCUGAGGCACAGCAUGCCCAACCUGGCCCGCAGCAGCCUGCGUGCGCUCGAGGCCGUGCGGAGCAGCCGCAGCCUGGAGUCUGACCUGCAGGUGCCCAGCAGCCGCAUCCCCAGGACUCAGCAGCGGUCAGCAGGUCUGACUCCCAGCAAGCUCAGGUAUUCCUCGGGGGCCGCGCAGUCCCAGCUCACGGGGCGCCAGCCCGGGAAGGUGGCCCCGGGAGCCAGCUCCCUGCUGCCCGGCAGGCAGGUGGGGAAGCCCUGCAGCUACACGGCUCCUGUCCCCCCAGUCCGCAAGCCACAGCUCCACACGGGCACUCCCAGCAGCAGUUGCACUUCCAGGACCACCACCAUGGUCACUGUGGCCAAACCCUCUGCCCUGAAAGCACGGCCGGGUGUGGCAGGGGUGGCCGUGCCCAAGGGAAAGGCAACGCCCCCAUCCAGGAGGUUGCUCCAGGCAGCACAGACCCCCCAGGCCCCCGAGGAUGACUCCUGGAAGGAUGGGUGCUACUGACAGCCCAGAACACCUCUGUGGAGCAGAUCCCAGCUGGCUGGGCAUGACCUCACUGGAAAAGGCCCUGAGCCCCUGUCCCUGCAGACUGCUGUACAUAUCCCUCAUUCUGUGCUCUCCACACCUCCCACCUCCCUCUGCUCUGCCAGGAGCUGGGGCUCACAGCUCCCACCCUCCACUGAAACCUGAGUCUUCCCAGGAAGACUGGAAAAGCCUUAUUUCAUCCACACCCCAGCUGCAGCCCUGGGGAAGGUCUGUCACCAUCCCCUCCCAGGGAUGCUGCAGGGCUGGGGGUGUCCUCUCUGUGCCAGAAGCAGCUCUGAGCUGGUGCUGUGGCAGAGCUCGUAGAGAGUAGAAACAGUGACAUAGGUGUUAGAUUUGAGAGUUUUUAAACCCAACCUGAUGUACUCUAAUAUUUGUCUGGAAUUCAACUGGGUUUGGUUUGUUGGUUUUUUUUACUUCUGUAUAGAAUGUAUUUCUGCUACUUUUUAUUGUUUGGUCUAGAGCUGCAGCAGGUUUUUAUAACUGUAGAACACUGAGCUGUUGUAUCCAGGUGUCAGCACAGGUCAUGAGGAGCAGUACACAAUAUUUGUGUGGGGUGUGAACAGGCAGGGACAGGGACACCACUUAAAAACUGCUGGGCACCAGCACCUUACCUCAGCUGAGCGAGCUCAACACCACUUAAGAGAAAACUUUUAAAAAAUCCCCUUCCCUCACAGCUUUGUCUUGAAGUGUUGGAGGAUCUCAGCUGGUUCCCAACUGCCCUGACUUUUGUAGAAGUUUUCUACUGUCUCUUAGGGAUUCUGUUCCAGUGUCCUUUUCCUCAGCAAGUGCUGGAUGCUACAAAUACAGUCUUAGUCCAGGAAAUAUGCACUGAUAGCAAUGUUCUCCCUGCCAUCAAUGUGACUUUGAUAGUGUAGUUUAAUAAAAUGUUAUGGUGCUGAAAUGAA